UGGUGUUGUGGUGUCGCUGUCGACGAUCGUCAAAAUCAGUUCUUCUUUGAACUCGUGUGCUGGUGGUGUGUGUUUGUGUGUCUCUUGUAAAUUUCAUCAACGUUGACCUAAAAAAAAACAAUGGCGAAUUUGAAACAGAUCCCUUUAACCUGCAGCGGACACACCAGGCCCGUCGUCCAUCUGGAUUUCAGUUCGAUAACGCAGUGCGGUUAUUUUUUGAUAUCCGCCUGUAAAGAUGGCAAACCGAUGCUGCGCCAGGGCGACACCGGCGACUGGAUCGGCACAUUCGAGGGUCACAAGGGAGCCGUUUGGGGCGUCGCCCUCAACACGGACGCGACAAAGGCGGCGAGCGGAGCGGCCGAUUUCACCGGCAAAGUGUGGGACGCCGUGACCGGUGACGAGUUGCACAGCUUCCAGCACAAUCACAUCGUCAAGAGCGUGAACUUUUCGAAAGACAGUGCACUCCUCGUCACCGGCAGCAACGAGAAACUCGUUCGGAUAUUCGAUCUCAACAAGCCGGAUGCGAGUCCGGAGGUGUUCUCGGGCCAUACGGCCGGCAUCAAGCACGCCGUCUUCUUCCGCGAAGACACCCAGUUGAUAAGCUGCGCGGACGACAAGUCGCUGCGCGUGUGGGAUCGCGCUAGCGGCUCCGAGGUCAACCGCAUCGACUUCCCGUCGAACCUGAACAGCAUGGAGGUGUCUCGGGAUGGCAGCGUGAUCACGGUUACGCACGCGAACCGGGUCACCUUCCUCGACGCCGACACCCUGAAAAUAAUCAGGGAGUUCCCGGUGCCGACCACCGUCAAUUCGGCCUCGCUCCACCACGACAAGAGCAUAUUUGUAGCAGGUGGCGAAGAUCUUAAGGUGUAUAAAUUCGAUUACACUACCGGCACCGAGAUUGAAUCCUUCAAGGGUCACUUCGGUCCAAUCCAUUGCAUGAAAUUCUCCCCAGAUGGUGAGUUGUAUGCGUCUGGUUCAGAAGACGGUACAUUGAGGCUCUGGCAGACAACAGUGGGGAAGACGUACGGUUUGUGGAAAUGCGUCGAGGGUCCGCAACUGAGCAACGAGGUUCUCUCACCACCAAAAGAGGUUCAGGCCAAUUAGUACCACAUUAUUCCUGGGGACGAAUAUAUCUAAUUUAAUUUAAUUUUUUUAUGCCCUCAAAUUUUACCGGUAAUCAAUUGAUUGAUUUCGAUUUUUUUAUUAUUGACAUUGUUUAAAAUAUUAAGUCCCUAUUUAAUUUAUUAUUAUUGUGGUAAUUAAUCACUUAGAAUACAUUUUAUAUUAUUUUUAUGAAGUCUGUGAAAUUUAGGAAGGAGAGAACCUAAUUUCUCAUUAUAUGUGAUUAAAUUCCCGACUGAAUUGUGAUUGACAAGUAGUAUUUUUACAAUAAAGUAAAAAUAGACUUAAUAAUAGAUGUUUCAAUGUCACUUCGUCAUAAAUUAUACACUUUACUAUUA